AUGUACAACACUGGUAUCAUUGACGAGGUCGUGAACCUGUAUCUGCCCGCCCCUCACUGGCGUAUUUCCGGGCACUUCAAUGGCACCCAAGUCGAUUUCAAUUUCUACCUCCCACCCGAAGAGAAAUGGCAAGGCAGAUUCUUCAGCUACGUCUAUCCCAGCCAGAACUCUACGGCGUCUGAUGAUAGGAUUGCUUUUGCUCUUGACAGCGGAGCCUAUCUCAUUCAAGUCUCUGGCACAUUGGGCUACAGAGCCGACGCUGCUGCGGCCAAAUUCUCCCGUUCCAUCUUGGACAAAUAUUAUCAGCACGUGCCGGAUCAUACCCACGGUUACAUCUAUGGAGGCAGUGGUGGCUCUUUCAUGACAAUUGGUGCCAUCGAGAACACCUUUGGCAUUUGGGACGGUGCUGUACCCAUCGUCAUGGCCUCGCCAGUCUCCAUCCCAUACAACCACGCAGCACGAAACUUCGCCUCUCUCGUACUGGGAAACAAAUCGUCUAUAGUCAUCGAUGCUAUCAGAGCUGAUGACCUCCAAAGCAUUGCUGCCAAGUUGGGUGACGUUGAGACAGCCGCUUUGAAGGAAGCCACAAUCAUGGGGGUUCCGGUGAUGGCAUGGGAGAAUUACAACAGUCUUGCCAGUACCGAAUUCCUCAAGGUUCUCGCGGAUACUGUGAAGAACAUCGACCCUUCUUACGCUGACGACUACUGGAACAAACCUGGAUAUCUUGGAACGGAAGACUCGGCACUAGGCAGAAUCGUUCGCGGUGCGUUCAUCAAUUUUACCACCAGUAUCGUGGACGUAACUCUCAACGGAAACAAUACGCCUGUCGCAGUUGUUCUGGAGAGUUUGCCUGGCAACCUCAAUGCUUAUGAUGGUGUAGAGUUCACGCUUAUGGGUGCUGAUGGCUCGUCGACAUUUGGCUCCAUCAACGGCACCUUCAACAAUGGAACUACGAUGACUUUGACUCAAGACAUCCCCCCUUCAGUGUUGGGCAACAUCACCAAGGGAUACCAAGUUCGCAUCGACAACAGAUGGUUCAUUGCUCUACACUCAGUCUAUCGACAUCAAAUCCCGAGUCGGUCAGGAUUUUACGGGUUCGAUCAGUUCAGGGGCAGUGAUGGGAACCCAAUCUACCCUCAGCGUGGUGUAGAAGUCGCUCCCGCUGUUGCACAAUCUUCAUCCGGAGGAGCUACCCACACCGGCAAUAUCACCGGAAAGAUCAUCAUGGUGGACAAUCUUCUUGACAGCGACGCUUUCCCUUGGCAUGCCGACUGGUACAGAUCCCAGGUGCGAGAGUCUCUGGGCGAUCGUUUCGAUGACAAUUUCCGCAUCUGGUACACCGAGCGCGCCGACCACUUCUUCGAUUCCGUUCCAGAGAAUCUCCGAGACUUCAUUGUGGACUACACUGGCAUCUACGAGCAUGCCAUGCGUAGCCUGGUGGACUGGGUAGAGAAGGGGAUUCAACCGCCAGCGUCGACAAAUUAUACGGUCAGGGACAGCCAGAUCGUUGUCCCGGACUCGGCGGAUGAGCGGCUUGGCAUUCAACCCACCGUCGAGCUCUCAGUCCACGGUCCGCUUUCAGAUACGUUUGAGAAGGGGGCCGCGAUCAACUUCACCAUGAGAGCAACAACGCCUGUGGAUGCUGGCAAGGUGGUGGCCGUUGAGUGGGACUUCUUGGGAACAGGCGCCUUCGAAAGCGUUCCCUUCGGUGAAGCUUCCGAAGCAGUUGAUUUGGAUGCCCAGCACACUUACGGAAGCUCCGGGGUCUACUUGUGUGUGGUCAGAGUGACGUCGCAGCGCGAGGGUAACUCUACUUCGCCCUUCGCUCUAGCAAGAAAUUUGGGGAGAGUGCAAGUCAUCAUCGAGUGA